UGCAUUUCCAGUUAGGUUUCUGCAUUUAGACUCAAAGUGUUUGGGUACAAUGGACCUCUCUAUCAGUGCUCUGCUCUUCCUGGUCCUUUCCUGUUGCCUCUGGGAUGUAGAAGCCCGAGACUAUAAUUCUAUCAUUGCAGUGCCAAAUGGAGGCCCUUGGGGUAUUUGGGGCGAUGCUCAAUUUUGUCCCCAAGGUUAUGCUAAUGGUUUCUCAUUGAAGGUGGAACGCCACCAAGGUCGAGGGGAUGACACAGCCCUGAAUGGCAUACGCCUACAUUGCACUGAUGGAACAUUAAUAGAGUCUAAAGUUGGGCCGUGGGGAGAUUGGACAGGAAUUCAGUAUUGCCCCAAAGGCAAUCUGGUCUCUUUCUCACAGAGGGUGGAAGGAAGCCAAGGAAAAGGUGAUGAUACGGCAUCCAACAAUGUCCAGUUCACCUGUGAAGAUGGGACUCCACUCACUGGACAUGGAGAAGGCUGGGGUCAGUUUGGCCCAUGGAGCCCUCGCUGUCCUCAUCCUUAUGGCUCCAUCUGUGGAAUCCAGACAAGGGUGGAGAAUCCCCAAGGGAAAGGUGAUGACACGGCCCUUAAUGAUGUGAAGUUCUUCUGCUGUUCUUCUGAAUGAUGUGAAGUGCUUCUCUUCUAAGACUUGUUACUCUUCCCAUGAAUAAUUAAUCAUUCAUUCAUUUGUAUUUACCUGGGUAAUGUGUACAUGUCUCUAUGGGUCCAUUCCACUCUACCGAUUUAUAACUUCAUUACUCCAUGUUAACUGAAAUGGUUCCAUCCUAUGGAAUUUUGGGACUGAUAGAUUAGGGAGCUAUAUUUAGAAUUCUUCACCAGAGCACUCCAGAACAUAGGAUGGAACCAUUAUAGUUUAAAUGGAAUAAUAGCAAUAUAAGCACAUUGUGUGGAUGAGCUAUAUGUUUCUGUGCUGAUUUGAAUUACUCUUCUCUGUUUAUGUUCCCUAUAGUUGAAAUGCAAUAAAGAAACAUUUUAUGGA